AUGUGGUUGGUAGAGUGUUACAUAAAGGAAGUGCCAGCUCUACUCAAACAACCACGUCAGACAACACUCGCCGUUCUGACUUCAGCCACCGUCUCCUGUCCUGUCUCACUAAAAUGUAUUGCAGCUACCACUACCAUUUCACUCCCUGCUACAAUCAUCAUUUCAGACAUACCAACAAGCACUACACAUACCACAACUGCCUCAGAUACAACCACUACUCCAGCUACAAGUACGACCUCAGCAUUACAGGCAACUACUACUUCAGCUUCCACGACUUCCGUCCCUCAAAUAAGUACUACUUCAGCUACAGCAACGACCUCAACUCCUAUGACAACUACUCCUACAACUACAACUACAGGUACUACUUUAGGCACCACAACUCUAACCCCUGAGAUAACUACCACAUCAGUUGAAAGAACGACUUCUGCUGCUCAGACAAGUCCAACUUCAGCUACCACUAUCACAUCACAACCCGAAACAACUGCAAUUUCAGUCACCACAACCACUUCAGAACCUAAUACAUCCACUACUUCAGCUACCACAACCAUUUCAGAACCUGAAACAACAAGUACUGCUGCAGCUACCACAACCACUUCAGAACCUGAAACAACAACUGCUGUAGCUACCACAACCACUUCAGAACCUGAAACAACCACUGCUGCGGCUACCACAACCGCUUCAGAACCUGAAACAAUCACUGCUUCAAACCUGAAACGACUACUGCUUCAGUUACCACAACCACUUCAGAACCUGAAACAACCACUGCUGCGGCUACCACACCCACUUCAGAACCUGAAACAAUCACAACUGCAGCUACCACAACCACUUCAAUACUUCAAACCUGAAACAACCACUGCUGCAGCUACCACCACUUCAGAACCUCAAACAACCACUGAUUCAGCUAUCACAACCACUUCAAAACCUCAAUCAACCAUUAUUUCAGCUACCACAACCACUUCAGGACUUCAAUCAACCACCACUUCAGAGCCUCAAACAACAACAGCUACCACUACCAUUUCACUCCCUGCUACAAUCAUCAUUCCAGACAUACCAACAAGCACUACACAUACCACAACUGCCUCAGAUACAACCACUACUCCAGCUACAAGUACGACCUCAGCAUUACAGGCAACUACUACUUCAGCUUCCACGACUUCCGUCCCUCAAAUAAGUACUACUUCAGCUACAGCAACGACCUCAACUCCUAUGACAACUACUACAACUACAACUACAGGUACUACUUUAGGCACCACAACUCUAACCCCUGAGAUAACUACCACAUCAGUUGAAAGAACGACUUCUGCUGCUCAGACAAGUCCAACUUCAGCUACCACUAUCACAUCACAACCCGAAACAACUGCAAUUUCAGUCACCACAACCACUUCAGAACCUAAUACAUCCACUACUUUAGCCACCACAACCAUUUCAGAACCUGAAACAACCACUCCACCACAACCAUCUUCAGCUACCACAACCAAACCUGAAUCAACCACUGCUGCAGUUACUACCAUGACUUCAGAACUUGAAACAACCACUGCUUCAGCUACCACAACCACUUCAGAACCUGAAACAAUCACUAUUUCAGAACCUGAAACAACCACUGCAUCAGCUACCACAAUCACUUCAGAAACUGAAACAACUGCUGCAGCUACUAGAACCACUUCAGAACCUCAAACAACCACUGCAUCAGCUACCACAACCACUUCAGAAACUGAAAGAACUACUCACUUCAGAAUCUCAAACAACCACUACUUCAGGUACUAUCACGACUUCAGCUCCUCAGACAAGUACUACCUCUCCUUACACAACCACUUCAGAACUUCAAACAACAACAGUUGGGGAUUUGGCCAACCAUACAUUCCAAAGUCUGUGUCAUUAAAAAGCCUUUACCAUAGGUGUUAUGAAAAGGAAGUACCAGCUCUACUGUCGUCAGACAACAGUAGUUCUGACUUCAGCCACCGUCUCAUGUCUAAUCUCACAAAAAUGUAUUACAGCCACUUCACUCCCAGCUACAAUUAUCAUUUCAGUUACUUCAACAACGCCAGUCACACCAACCAACACUACACAUAUUACAACUACCCCAGCUACAAGCACCUCAGCCUUACAGGCAACUACUACUUCAGCUUCGACGACUUCCGUCCCUCAGAUUUCAACAACAUCCUCACCUCCUGUGACAAUUACUCCUACAGGUACUACUUUAGGAUCCACAACUGCAGCACCAGAGAUAACAACUACUUCACUUGCCACAAAGACUUCAGCUCCUCAGACAAGUACCACUUCAGUUACAACCACUUCGAUACCUCAAAACCUGAAACAACUACUACUUCAGCAACCGCAACAACUUCAGAACCAGAAACAAGCGCUACUUCAGCUACCACAACCCCUUCGGAACCUAAAACAACCAUUGCCUCAGCUACCACAACCACUUCAGAACCUCAAACAACCACUACUUUAGCUAGCACAACCACUUCGGAACCUGAAACAACUACUACUCCAGCUAGCACAACCACUUCAGAACCUGAAGCAACUACUACUUCAGGUAUUACAACCACUGAAACAACCACUGCUGCAAAACCUGAAGGAACUACUACUUCAGGUACCACAACCAUUUCAGAACCUGAAACAACAACUAUAUCAGGUACCACAACCACUUCAGAACCUCAAUCAACUACUACUUCAGAACCUGAAGCAAUUACUACUUCAGCUACCACAACCACUUCAGAACCUGGAACUACUACUUCAGCUACCACGACCACUUCAGAACCUGAACCUACCACUGCUGCAACUACCACAACAUCUUCAGAACCUGAAAUAACCACUGCUUCAAACCUGAAACAACUACUACUUCAGCUACUACCACGACUUCAGCUCCUCAGACAAGUUCUGCUGCAGCUACCACAACCACAACCUGAAACCACUACUACUUCAGCUACCACAAUCACUUCAGAACCUGAAGCAACUACUACUUCAGCAACCACAACCACUUUAGAACCUGAAAUAACUAUUUCCGCUACUACCACGACUUCAGCUCCUCAGACAACCACUGUUGCGGCUACCACAACCACUUCAGAACCUCAAACAACUACCACUUCAGUUACCACAACUACUUCAAAACCUGAAGUAACCACUGCUUCAGCUACCACAACCACUUCAAAACCUGAAACAAUCACUGCUUCAGCUACCACAACUACUUCAGAACCUGAAACAACUACUACCUUGGUCACCACAACCACUUCAGAACCUGAAAUAACUACUACUUUAGCUACCACAACCAUUUCAGAACCUGAAGCAACUACUACUUCAGCUACUACCACGACUUCAGCUCCUCAGACAAGUUCUGCUGCAGCUACCACAACCACGUCAGAACCUCAAUCAACUACUACUACAGCUACCACAAUCACUUCAGAACCUGAAACAACUACUGCCUCAGCUACGACUUCAGCCCCACCAACAAGCACUACUUCAGCUCCCACAUCCACUUCUCCAGGUGCCACAACGACUGCAGUCUCUCAAACAAGUACUCCAUUAUCGACACCAAUUACAGUUAUUGUCACAUCAGUAGCACCUACUUCAGCUACCAGAAUGACUUCAGUCUCACUAACAGGCCCUGAUUCAGCUACACUGCAACUACAAUUCCAGGAACAGGUUACUUCGGCCAAAACCACGCCAUCACUACCACAGGCAAGUACUACAUCGACCACCAAAAUCACCUCACCUCCCCAGACAGUUACUACGUCAUCCACAACUUUGACUCCUGUAUCAAAGACAAGUGCUACCACAACGACUUUAGCUCCUGAGACGAGUACUAUUUCAGAUGCCACGACGACUCCAGAACUUCAGACAAGUAGUACUGCAGCAACCACAACAACUACAUCAGGUAUCCCAACGACACUAUAA